ACAUUUAUUUAAAGAAAAUCGAGUCUAUUUUAUGCAAAUGAGCUCUGGGGCAGCGCACCGGAAUGCAGCUCGACAGGCAACCAGCAUGCAUAGAUGCUGAAUGCUAUGCAAGAAACUGAUGAUCCAGUGGACUCAUACUUUCACCUACGACAGUCCUGGUACCAGCUAACGGUGCAGCCAUCCCAUAAUAAACCACUUUUUAAGACAGUGAAAGAGCUUGAGUUUACAAAAAGUCUUAAAAUGUUGAAUAUCAUCGCCAUAAUAUACAAGAUUUCAGGCUCAAGGGACUCUGAUAAAGGUUAAAGGCUUGUGAGGUUUGUUAAGAGAGACACUUUAAAAACUGAGAAUCUAAAGCUGCUGCAGAGGCUAAGAUUGAUCAGUUUGUUAAAUUCUGUUGUAAAAUGUGGUUCUUGUCCGGCCUUUGACUGCUAACAGGACAGAGCAGAGAGCGAUAAUUAGAACUGAUUUAGUUCAUGCCCUUAAAGCAAAUGAUUCCACCAAAUGAGAAAAUCAGUGGACCAAGUACAGAGCCAUGAGGGACGCCACACCUUACAGAAUGGAGGAAUGCACUUCUGUUUUUUUUUUUUAACAAGACAAACUGACUGAUUUGAUCCAGUCUAGAUUUAAAUCAGUGUUAAUUUAAGGACCCUCCUGGCAUUACAUCCAGUUUUGAAAUGUCUGUAAGUAGAUGAACUUACACGUAAUUCUUAUAGACUACCAAAAAUUUGUGUUUGUUGUCAAACAACAGUCCUGGCAGGGGGAGACACCGUGAUCAACAAAGUGGUUCACUCUGGUCGAGGACCAGCCAUUGCACUUUGUGUUUCUUGUUUUUGUCAUUUUGUGUUUCCUUUUUGUCUUGCCUGUGUUUUUUGUUUUAUUUUUGUCAUUUUGUGUGUUGCUUUAGUUGUUGUUUUGUGUGUCGUUUUUUGUCUCGUUUUUGUUUUGUUUCAUGGUGUUUGUCUCAUUUUCUGUAAUUUUGUGUCUUGCUUUUGUCUUUUUGUGUCUCAUUAUUGUCAUAUUUUAUUUUGUUUUUGUUGUUUUUGUCAUUUUGAUCAUAAAGUAAAAUACUGUAUCGUUCAGGUCCAGAUACCUGUGAAUAAAUGUUGUGUUUGUAGACAAUCUGUGAUCUGUAAGCUGUAAUGUGUAAAUGAUAAACUGAGGCUGAAUGUUGUUGAGAUUGCAUUUAUCAUUUUUAAUAGAUUUCAGGUUGUUCAUAAUGUUUUGUAAAAAGAUAAUUCCUAAAUUUUUUUGCACUAAAACAAAAGGACAAUUUGGAGUUGUGGUCAUUUCUCGGUUAUUAUGCUGUGAUUUUACUGGUCACUUGAGAUCAAACUGAGCUGAAUGUGGAACCUGAACUAAACUGAGUUUGACACCUGUGGACUAAAAUAAAAAACAUGUUUUGAAUUAUUUGACAGUUUUUCUUUAGUACACAAUUCCAUACGUGUUCAUUCAUAGUUUUGAUGCCUUCAGCGAGAAUCUACAGUGGAAAUAGUCAUGAAAAAAAAGUAAAACCGUUAAAUGAGAAGGUGUGUCCAAGCAGUGUGUAUAAAGCAUAAACACACACACCACCCCCUAGAAUCUAUAUACCACCUCUGGGUGUUCUCAUUUUCUAACACAGCAGUUUUUCCACUGUAGAAGCCACAUCAUCAUCAUCUGGCAGCCAGACCGCAUUAAUUGCGUUCAUUCUGCGUUCCGUUCCAAACGCUCCUCAUCUCCACUCGGGUUCUUUCCCCCUGAUUUAACGGUCCACAGUGACCGCUGCUGUGGCUGAGUGUCGGGGGGUGAGUGUGGGAGUGAGUGAGGGGGGUGUCUCCCUGCGUCCCUCCUUCCCCUCUGUCGUGAAAGCCUUCUUUAUUUGGUGCUGACGCGCCGUGGAGAGACGCACCGGGAGCGCACGAACACAAAAAUGACCGUGGAGAGGAUAUUCGACGAGCUCGGACAUUUCAAAAGAUUUCAGGCCUGUCUGUACUUUGCAGCAGUCUUCCAGGCCGUAGCAUGUGGGAUCCACUACCUGGCCUCGGUCUUCCUGGUGGAGACUCCAAACUUUGUGAGCAGCGUGCCCGGCAACAUCACCGACGUCCUGUACGGUAACGUGACGGCAUCCAGUCUGGAGGAGAUCCUGCCGGUUUUUAAGGCGUGGGAGGCACCUCUGGUAGUCCAGACAGCUGAAGGAGAGCAGUGGGAGCUGAGCCGGUGCCGCUGCUCCCUGCGCAUCGACCCCGGGGACUUUACCUAUGACUUUUAUGGCAACAAAACGGUGAAAACGUGCGGCGGGGACUUUGUGUACGACCACACUGAGGUCUACCAGAGCAUCGUGACUGACUGGGACUUGGUGUGCGACAAAGAGUGGCUGGCCAAGCUGUGCCAGCCCACCUUCAUGGUGGGGGUGCUGAUCGGAGCGCUGGUGUUCGGGGACAUCGCUGACAGAGUUGGUCGUGUGAAGAUCCUGAUGUUCACCAGCCUCUGCCAGUUCGGGCUCGGAGUUGCCGUCGCGUUCGCUGGAAACUACUAUUUUUUCAUGGUGCUCCGCUUUCUCCUCGCCAUGGUGUCCAGUGGCUACCUGGUGGUCGUGUUCGUCUAUGUGACGGAGUUCACCGGCAUCAAGGUGCGAACGUGGACUUCCAUGCACGUGCACGCUGCCUUUGCGGUCGGCAUCAUGGUGGUGGCUCUGACCGGCUACCUGGUGCGGGUUUGGUGGAUCUACCAGAUCGUCCUCUCCACCUGCACCUCCCCCUUCCUGUUCUUCUGCUGGAAGUUCCCCGAGACGCCGUUCUACCUGAUGGCCAAGAGCCGCUACAAGGACGCUCAGACACUGCUGGACAAGAUGGCCCGCUUCAACGGCCUCGAAUGCCAGCUGAAGGUGGAGGAUCUCCUGAACUCGGAGAACGGCAGACCUCUGGUGGAGCAGGAGGCGGCAGAGAAGAAGCCGUCGCAGCCCGAGAAGAAGCUGUCCAUCCUGGACCUGUUUGGGAGCUGGAGGAUGGCGGGGCGAACGUGCACGGUGUGGGCCAUUUGGUUCAUCGGCAGCUUGGGCUACUACGUCUUCUCUCUGGGCUCAGUCAACCUGGGAGGAAACCAGUACAUUAACCUCUUCCUUGCUGGUGCAGUGGAGGUCCCCUCCUAUCUGGUUGGCUGCUUUGCAAUGGACCGGAUUGGGAGGAAGAAGACGUGCGCUCCUGCUCUGCUCCUGGCCGGCGUCACCUGCAUGCUCAUCAUUGUGGUUCCAGCGAAAGUAGAGGCCCUGGCCAUCGCCCUCUGCAUGAUCGGAAAGUUUGCCGUUGCAAUUGCCUUCGGUCUCAUCUACCUGUACACCUGUGAGCUUUACCCGACCACCAUCAGGUCUCUGGCAGUAGGAAGCGGCAGCAUGAUGUGUCGCGUUGGCAGCGUGGUCGCUCCCUUCUGUGUUUACCUGGCUGACGUCUGGAUCUACCUCCCUCAGCUCAUCGUUGGAAUCCUGGCGUUUGUCAUCGGAGUGCUGACGAUGAUGCUGCCGGAGACUCUGGGCAAACCUCUAACAACCACCUUGGAAGAGGCUGAAUGUCUGGGACGGGAACCCAUCAAGAAGAAGUCGGCCCUGGGCCGUAAAGAGGACGAGGACGGGCUGGAGCUGAACCAACACCACACCAAAGCCUGAGCUGUACAGGAAACCUAAAGAAAAGUUUUGGAAGAAAACCCCGAAUGAACGAAGGGAGGACAGAGAGGAGGUGACGGCUGCCAAAAACCUGACAAAAUAACAUCACUGAUUUUUUUGGAUUCUUUUUUUGGGGGGGGUAGAGCUUUUAUCACAACUCUUGAAAUGACUUUUUUGUCGUUGUUGACGUUUUGUUCUGCAAAGUGACCAACAGUUCGGAACGUCAAAGGUCCUGAGAACUCGCACAAACUCCUCUGCAUCAGUCACAGCGCAGUCAUGGAUUCAACAAUCGAGCGUAUUGUGUGUGGAAUUUGUGUAUGUCUGCAAAACUUGUGUGUCCAAGACCAAGGAAAAAAAUGAAGGAUAAGGUCAUAUUGUCUCAUAUUUUUGUAAGUUUGACCAUCAUUUCUUGUUGGUAUACUAGAAUUGCACUCAUCAAAUAAUUCCAGAGGAACAAAGCAACAUUUUUGACAAUUAAUCAGACAAUCAGACCGUUUAGCUACAUCGUCUAAAUCAGGGGUGCCCAGUAUGUCGAUUCGACCAGUCAAUCGCGAAGGUAGUGUCGGUAGAUCGCAUGCCUGCCAUCCAGCCAAUCUGAGGUCUUAUUUUUUUCUGAGUCACCACGCAUGUGCAGUCAACCAAGCUACUGCAAAUUCCAGUGAGCUAGCUAGGGAGUUAGCCUUUGAAAUUAUUUCUGCUAAAGAAAAGAUAAAAAUGAGUAAGAAACCGAAAACUUACCACUUCUAUGCGGAACACCAUGUCAUGUUCAAAGAGCUUGAUCUGUCAAUCUACCAUCGCUGUUCCGAAGAAGGGAAACAUGGAGCGGCACUUUGGGAUUGUUCAUAAAAGCUACCACACAAACUUCCCACCUAAAAGCAAGCUGAGAAAGGGAGGUGAAGGAACUAGGACUACAGUUGUCCAGACAGCAGUCAUUUUUCUUGGGGCUGACUUCUAAAACUAAGGCAGCUACCGAAGCCUCAUUCCGGGUGAGUCACUCCAUCGUCAAGUACGAUAAGUCUUUCCAAGAUGGAGAAAUGAUAACAGAGGCAUUCGUUGAAGUGGCAGAUUAGUUGUCCAACUAUCAAGAAGUACAGUCACAUGAUGCUGUGAAGUCACGGCCGAGGAUUUGAAAGACCUCGCUCACUGCUAGUGUUUCUCACUGGAAUUGGACGAGUCAACGGAUGUAAGGGAUACAGCCCAGUUGUGUAUUUUUAUUCGGUUGGUGUUUGCAGAUAUGACUGCAAAAGAAGAGCUGUUAACAGAACUGCCCAUGAAAGAACGUAUGCAGGGAGAGGACAUUUUUCCAGUCUUUCAAAAACUUAAUUGAGAAAACCCAGCUCUCAGAUUGCAAAUUGACAUUGAUCACCACAGAUUGGGAGCCCGUGAUGGAUUUAGUAUUAAAUGCAGGGAGGAUGGUGAUUUCCUUGACAUCCUUAAUUAUCGCUUCAUAAAAAUGCAAAAAUGCUAAACAUGUAAGAGGCUGGCUGCGACCACUCUGAGCUCUUACACCGGGGUGAGAUGGCUCAGUGGGGGGAAAGUCCUGCAGAGAUUUGGAGAGCUCUGUCCGGAGAAAAAGGAGUUUCUUCUUGUGGCAAAACAUGAGGAAUACAACCAACUCAGUGGUGUUCAGUGGCUGCUAGACUUGGCAUUUUUAACCAAUCUCACCAACAUGUUGAAUGAUCUUAAUUUGGAGUUGCAAGAAAAAGACAAAACCGUGGUCAAUAUGAUUAGCUCAGUACACAAACAAUGUAAAAUCUGUCCUCAAAGCUGCAACUUGGGAACCUCGUUUUAGAGCUUGAGACGCAAUGGAAGGCAUGUUCACACCUUAGCAUUGCACGCUCCACAGAGCAGAUUAACAACUGUCGGUCAGAGUUCGACAGGCUCUUUCAAGACUUUGCUUUACUCGAGCCAGACGCCUCAUUUAUGUGCUACCCAUUUAGGGAAGGCACUGAGGUUGAUUCACCUUCAUUGACGAAUCCAUCGUCAUGUGGCACUUUAAGACAGCUUUGGAUUGUGCUACAGUCGCUAACUUUUUGCCCUUCAUUAUGGCUCCCAAGCGUAAGUCAGACUCUUCUGAUGGAAUUCCGACUUACGGCGAAAAUCGACUUUGUAGAUAAAUUUGGCAUUUUUAGUGUAGGUAGCUCAUUUGGACACAGUCAUUUGAAAAGUAGCUCACAAGGCGACAAAGUGUGGACACCCCUGAUCUAAAUCAAUCUGUUAAAAAAUUACAGGUGGAGCAAUGGCAGAUCAAAGAUGAGACAUUUUGGACUUUAAAGACAGACUUGUUCAUGUGGCUGCUCAUGUUUCUUGCUCUGUUGGCCUUUUUUUGUGUUCUUCUGCAAUGAACCGACUACAGUCUUAAUAUUCCUGAUAGAACUGAUGGUCAUAACUGCAAAACUAUAACAGCAAAGUUGUAAUGAACGACCUGUAAAACGAAGAAAUCAUCGUCGUCUCUCAGCUAGAUCACAGCUGUGCCUCAGACAUUUUACAUUAAGUUACAUCUCAUUUAUUAUAUUGAAACUAAGAAUAGAAUUUACUAUUCUGAUGUCAAAGAAGUGCCUUUUUAAAAUUGUAAAGUCACCUUUUUGAACUUCCUGUUUAAUCUCAGGGCAUCGAUAUCACUGUGAAGCUGUCAUUUUAGACAUAUUUUAAUUUUACCCUCAUUUUUGCCAUUUUCCUUAAUUCCAUCUUGUCGAAGAUGCCUCUGCUGAGCUUUAACUAUAUCUGAUGAGUGUGUGUGUUAAUGAAUAAGCUUUGUGAGUCAGUGUUUUAGUUUUUCACAUCCUUAUAUUGUGAACAUAAUCUCGACGUGCUGAGGAGAAUCAGGUAAUGCUGUUUUAUCGUGUUUCAGAGUCGAGGUGUGAUCUCCAGAUGUUUGGACCAAAUGCAGGAAGGAACCACGAUAGCAGGGGAAAUGUAAAUACCUACUUCACAUUACUGUAGUGUCCUAGUAGCAGGUUAUUGUUUCAUAUCAAACCGUUCUGUGGUGCUUUAUUCUGAAGGAGAAAAAAAAUCAAUCAAAGCAGCUGGAAAUCUAAACCUGAUGACUUUAGAUCAGCAGGUGAUGGAAGCACAGUCGGUUCUACAAUCAACAGUAUGGACUGUUUAUCUGUGUCUAGUUUCUUUGUUAGUAUUAUUUUUAUUUAAUCAUAGAACAAUAAAUAAGAUGGCUGAG